GAAGUACUGAGAGGCAUCUCUCUAGCUACUACUUUAUCUAAUAUCACUGCUUUAGAGCAAGAGAUAUUACAGUGAGAGAGGGGUUGUUUCUGUUGUGAUCAAAGCUAAAGACAUGACCAUUCAUCACCCAUUGACUUUGGCUUUUGGCCUCUUAGGCAACAUCAUCUCCUUUAUGGUUUUCCUUGCUCCACUGCCAACCUUUUAUACAAUUUACAAGAAAAAAACAACUGAAGGGUUUCAAGCACUGCCAUAUGUGGUGGCACUCUUCAGCUGCAUGCUGUGGAUUUACUAUGCGCUGCUUAAACAAGACGCCACAUUUCUCAUCACUAUCAACUCUGUUGGCUGCGUCAUUGAGACUGCUUACCUUGCCAUUUUCCUUUUUUAUGCCCCCAAGAUGGCCAGGAUCUCAACUGUGAAACUUCUGCUGUUGCUCAACGUGUUCGGAUAUGGCUUGAUGCUUGUGCUUACUCACUUCCUUGCGAAAGGUGAAAAGCGUCUCAAGGUUGUGGGCUGGAUCUGUCUUGUCUUCAAUCUAACCGUGUUUGCUGCACCUCUAUGCAUCUUGAAAAAAGUGAUACGGACCAAGAGUGUUGAGUUCAUGCCAUUUCCUCUUUCAUUUUUCCUGACAUUGGGUGCAGUCAUGUGGUUCUUCUAUGGUUUUCUGCUCAAGGACUACAACAUAGCUUUUCCAAACAUACUGGGGGUCAUCUUUGGGAUUGUGCAAAUGGUGCUAUACGUAGUGUACAAGAAUGCCAAGAAAGUACUUCUGGAGGAGCCAAGCAAGGUUCAGGAGCUAUCAGACCAUAUUAUUGAGGUGAUGAAGAUCAGCACCUUGGUGUGUCCAGACCUGACACCAGUGGUUCUUCAGCCAAAUGACAUUGACCUCAUUGAAGUAGUACUUGACCCAAAUAAUAUUAUCAAGGAAUUCAAGACCGAAGAAACCAAGGAAGACAUGGAUGAUGCCUCCACUAAAGUUUAGUUUAUAAUAACAAUUUAAUGAAGGAAUUGACAUGCAUGCCCCAUGUUCCUAGAGCUAUUAUCUGUACCCUUGUCUAAAGGUUAAUUGGGUGUUAAAGUAGGGUUUAGUUGUCAAUUAGGGGUACUAAUGUCAUGGGAAGUGUCUUGUACUAUAUGUCCCUCUAAUGGUCUGAGUCUCUUUCAAUGUCUGUCCCUUUAAAGCAAGGGUAUCUCUCUCCAGCUUAGAGCUGAACUGAAGUAUAUUUAAUUUUUGUGUACUAAUUAAGCUAUUAGUUAAGUUUCAAUGGCAAGAAAAUUAAUUAGUUAAGUAAAUGCUAUAUUUUCUA